CAAAAGCCUGCCAGCUCGUCCGCCGACAAGCAGCUGCCAUCAGUCCCCCGCACCGCGCCCUGCGCAGACUCCCCCUCCGACGGCCUCCGCGACGCGCUGCACGGCACCCUCGCCUCGCACCCCUCGCGCACCGCCGCGCAGCCCACCCCAAACAUGGCCAAGCCUCGCAAAGACGUCAAGUUCCAGCACCGGGGCAGCAACCCCAGCACCAAGGCACGUCGCCCGUCCAUGAGCGUCUCUGAGCACUCGGAGACGGCCCAUUCCGAGCCCAGCAGUCCCACGAGAAACGGCCAUGCGGCCGCCAAAAUCGACGAGGCCCCCGAGCCCCCAGCGCAAACCGAGUACGAGAAGAAGAUGCAGAACUUCUACACGCGCACCGUCUGGACCUUUGCCAUGCUCGGUGGUUUCUUCUGGGCUCUCUUCGCCGGCCACAUCUACAUCAUCAUCCUCAUCACGGCCCUCCAAAUCAUCUCCUUCAAGGAGGUCAUUGCCAUACAUUCCGUGCCUAGUAAAGCCCGGAACCUGCGAUUCACAAAGUCACUGAAUUGGUACUUCUUGGGCACCACCAUGUACUUCCUCUACGGAGAGAGUGUAAUCUACUACUUCAAGCACAUUCUGCUGGUCGAUCGUAUUCUGCUCCCCCUCGCGACCCACCACAGGUUCAUCUCCUUUAUGCUUUACAUUAUUGGCUUCAUCUUCUUCGUGUCAUCCUUGCAAAAAGGCCAUUACAAGUUCCAGUUUAGCCAGUUUGCUUGGACUCACAUGGCGCUGUUCCUCAUCGUUGGGCAGGCUCACUUCAUCAUCAACAAUGUCUUUGAAGGCUUCAUCUGGUUUUUCAUGCCCGUCGCGUUGGUUGUCACCAAUGACAUAUUUGCCUACCUUUGCGGCAUCACCUUUGGCCGCACACCUUUGAUCAAGAUCUCACCGAAGAAGACUUGGGAAGGUUUCCUCGGAGCAUGGUUCUUCACUGUACUCUUGGGUAUACUGAUGACACACCUCAUGGCACGAUCCAAAUACUUCAUCUGCCCAGUCAACGAUCUCGGCGCGAACUUGUUCACAGGCUUGGAAUGCACUGUGAAUCCUGUCUUCACCCCCAAGACCUACGUGGUUCCCUUCAUCCCACCAGGUCUUCCAGCGAUCAGCAACACUUACGUCUUCAAACCUCUCUAUCUUCACAUCCUUGUCCUCGCCACGUUUGCGUCCUUGAUCGCGCCUUUCGGCGGCUUCUUUGCUUCGGGCUUGAAGCGGACGUUCAAGAUCAAAGAUUUUGGCGACAGCAUUCCCGGCCACGGUGGUGUCACAGACCGUAUGGAUUGUCAAUUCAUCAUGGGCACAAUCACAUUCUUCUACUACUCCAGCUUCAUUGCUGUCAACCACGCAUCCGUCGGCAGUGUCUUGGAGGCGGCCAUAACCGGUCUUACCCCCGAAGAGCAGGUCGAGGUUGUCAGAAUACUGGGAAGAAGCCUAGUCGAGAAGGAUAUGCUUCCAACCCAGAUAUUGCAAUACCUCACCGCACCAGCAAAGAGAUGAGACUUGCCUAUGGCUUUUUAACCGGGUGUUUGUAUAUUGAUAUGAUGGGAAUGGCCGGACAGACAUGGGUGCUAUGUUCGGAUAGUAUGUAGUUUAUAAUCUGUUUGGCCGGGCUCAGGCGAGAGCGUGUGGAUUGUUGCUUUCGUACGGUUUUUGGUGCAUAACUUGAGCAUUGCAUUGCGCGGCGCAUGCACGUAGGCAUAUCGGAAUGAGAGGGGAACACAUGAGCCACCAUCAACAUUUGUAUUAAAUUCUUCCU